GUAUGGAAAUCAAGGUUGCAAAAAUACAAAUUAAAGUUUUUUAAAAACUCUAAGAAAUAUAAUAAUUAUAUAAAGAAAUGAGAUAACGAAUAAUCAAAUCACUUUUUAACUGUAUUUAUAAAUAUGGCUUCAAUCUUAGGAAACGAAUGGCAUAUAUCUUCCAAAGGAAAUGAAAUUUUAACGGGAAAUGUAUCGACAGGUGAUAAACAACAGCUUUAUAAUUUUGCUUUAAAUACAGAUUUAAAAGAAAUAUGUAGCCCAAUUGUUAACUCUUUUCCAAUUGAUGCGACAUCGAAUGUAGUGCUUCAGAUUCACAAAAUCCGAAACAUUUCUGCACCCAAAGCUAACGAAGAUUCCCAAGCAGCUCCCCGAAUGCUUAAGAUAACUCUAACAGAUGGAGAAAACUAUAUUCAAGCAUUAGAACUUACAACAAUUAGCACAAUAAAUUUUAAGACGACUCCACCAGGAACGAAGCUAUUAGUUCAAGGAGCUAAACUCACGUCUGGUUUUCUAUUACUAAAUCCACAAAAUUGUAAAGUUUUAGGAGGUAAAGUUGCCAAUUUAAUUGAAAAGUGGGAGCUUGCGAAAAAUGUUCAAAAAAUUAGUAGGAGCUAUAAUGAGGAUGGUCCACCACCAUGGGUCAAUUUUGGUACCAAAAUUCAAACAGGAAACCAAGGAGAAAACUUCAAAUCACUGACCAAUAAGGAAAAGGAUGCAUUAAAGGAAAAUUCAGAAUUUGAACAAUUGAGAAAAGAUGCGAUUGCGGAGGCAUCUUCUGGAGCUGUUAGGAAAGUAUUUAGUGGUAGAGUGACACAAACUGUACAGUUACAAAAUAACACAAAUAAAAGAAACCCAGAGAAGUUUAAAGAAAAGAAGGAAGCAUUUAAAGGAAAAGGAAGAUCGAUGAAGGAGGUGGAAGAUAAACCUUUGAAACCUUCAGAGAAAGUUUCUUUGUUUGCAUUUCUAGAAGAUAAACUGCCUGUAGCCACCAAGGAGGAAAAAUUGUAUCUGAGUCAACCCAGUAAAAAUAAUUUUAGAGAUGCAGAAGGUUUGUCUGAAAAUAUGAACAAAUUUGACAAAUAUGACCAUAAAAAUAAAAAAUCUGCAAUACCAAAACAAUUUGAAAAACCAACAUAUAACAACAACCAUAGGUAUCAAAGUAACAAUAAAGAAACCAAUAGUUCUAGACCAAAUACAGCAGAAGUUUCUCAUCAGCCAAGCAAAAGUAAUUCUGAAGUAACAGAACAAAAACCAGUAAACAGUUCAGUGAAACCUAAAACAUCCUAUAUUAACAGAUAUGAAGCACAACAACAAAAACAAAAUGUAGAUAGUUUUAAUAAGCCAAAACAAUCUAAUAGUAACUUCACAGGUUACAAUUCAAACAACCAAAGCAGAAAUCAACUGCAUCAAAAUAGCAAUUCCCACUAUUCCCAGUAUAUACCACAUAAUUCCCAAGCAAAUGCAUUUCAACCUAAUAAUUUACCAUAUGUACAAAAUUCCCAUCCAAAUAGAAGUAAUAAUCAAUAUUCCCAUCAAAAUCCUAAUGCACAAAAUACAACCAUAAAUAUAACAUUAAAUAACCAUCAACAUAAUCAACAAAUUCCUAGUCAGUCUAGAUCAGCUACAAAUCCAACUAGACCUUACCAAAAUGACAUCAACCAUAUCACCCAGGAAACGCAAAGAAUGUCUAUCAAUAGUCAAUUUGCUACUAGAAGUUUGAGGCAACAUUUAAACUUGAAUCCAAAUACUCAUAAGAAAAACGAGGAUUAUGCAGCGAAGGGGGAAGAUAAUAUGCAUGGAUGUAAUAUAGGGGAUGAGGUGUUGGCCAAAUAUUGGGAAGAUGGCAAGUAUUACAAUGCCACAGUAAUUUCAAUUACUCCUCGAACGUUUGCUGUUCGGUUUAAAGGAUAUGGGAAUAUCGAAGAGAUAUUAAAAACGGAUUGUUUACCAGUGCCGCAAAACAAUGCGAAACCAAGCAAUAAUCAAAAUCAGCAAUAUGAUUGGAAUAAUAAACAAUACUCAGGUUCAAUGGAAUUUCGAAGAAGUUCCAGACACUACAAAUAAGUUAGCCAACUUUGUUACUGUUACGUCUUUUUGCGUGUAGUCUACAGGGUGUUCUCGAAACAAUACAAUAUCCUCUUUUACAUUGCACAGUGAUGGAACGAAGAGCAUCGUCGUAAUUCCAAUAAUCGCAGUAUUAAAAUCUAGAACAUUCUGUAUAAUUAUAUAUUUAUUGUUGAUCUUUGCGAAAUGGACAUUUUAUAAUUAAUAAGAAUAACAUCUUCAUUUAAGAAUAACUUUUAUUUUCGUAUUUAUGUAAUCUUUUAAUACAACUGUAACACAUCAGUUAAAUAAAAAAUAA